AUGUUGAAUUUCCCUCGGAGCGUCUCACGCUCCAUAGAGGAAGUUGACCAAUGCCGGCGGGCAUCUAUACUGCUGGCCAACGUAGGAGGACUGCUGAACAAGCGGGAUGACCUGGAGUUCUUGAUAUCGUACAAAUCACCAACUAUAGUGGCACUGAAUGAAACGUGGCUUACGGAUGACUUGUCAGACACGGAGGUGGCUAUCUCAGGACGUACCCUAUACUGUGUCGAUGGAUGCUGUAUCCGAGGCGGCGUAGGAGUGGCACAGUACGUGCGCGCGGAUAUAGCCACAGUCCAGCUGGGUUGUCUUAGAGAUCCCGAGGGACAUGGCGAGGGUUUAUUUUGCCGAGCAAAACUCACAGCCAGAGGCUACGAGUCCAGUAGUAUUAUCCACCGGUCUCCAAGAUCAAGUCUUCGAAUUACUCAGUGGGAUGCUCAAAUGGGUUGA